UCGUUCGUCUCCUAUCGAUCCACCGAUCUCCCUCCCUAACUCCUCCUCCCUGCCGAUCCCAUCAUCUCUCGACCGGCGGUGAAGCAGACCUCCCCCGUCCGCCACCAUGAGCUCCUUCUCCGGCAAUAGCUCAGGUCGCGCCCCCUCAUCCGCCGCCUCCUUCGACUCCUACAAGUUCGACUUCGGCCUCGCCGGAUCCGCCCGGGGCUCGGCCGCCCGUCCCCUCAAGGACCAGAAACCCAGUCCCUACGUCGCCUCCUCCGCCCCCUCCUCCAAGCCCGCCGCCCCCGCCUGGUCCCACCAGCCCUCUCGGCCCUCGUGGACCCCCGCCGCGCCCGCGCCCUCCGGCGCCUCCGGCAUCUCGAGAUCUGGCAACCUCUCCAGCACCCCCGCUUCCAUGGUCGGUGAUAUAUUCGGCAAGAGCUGGGUGUCGGCCGCGCCCUCUUCCGCCAAAUCUGGCCUUGCGAUCCCCAAAUCUGACCCUAAUCUCUUCGGUGAUCUCGUUGGAUCCGCCCUCGGCCAGGGCCGUGGCGGAUCUAGCAACGUUCCGUUGAAGUCCGCUGCUCACAAGAAUACCUUCUCCAUGGGCAAUUUAUCCGAUUCCCUCCCUAGAUCGAUUAAUCCUACCACCUCCGCCGCUGCUGCGGCCAACAGUACCCCAAUGAGGUCUAGCAGCUUGGGAUCUUCCGACGAUCUUGGAAAUUUUCCAUUUUUUAAUCAGCCUGGUCCUAAGAUCGGGACUCCGAUGGGUAGUGGUGGGCAACCGAUGAAAUCGACGGCUGGAGUCCCACCGACGAAUGCUAAAAGGGAUCCUUUUGGUUCGUUGGUUGAUUUUGGAUCAAAGCCCACUGCAAAAGCACCGAUGUCGUCGGCAAAUUCAUCCAAUAUGAGCGGUGCCAGUCCCGGUGCUGAUGAUUUCUCUUUUGGCGCGUUCCAGAACGCCAAUUCGACAAAAAAGAGCGACAUUGGAAUUAGUGGUGCCAGCUUUUCUUCUCCGCCACCACCACAACAGCCUACUCCCCCUAAAGCUGACACGGAUCCAUUGGACAUGUUCUUCUCUUCGUCUGCAGCUGCUGCUCCUGCUGCUGGAGUCGCCUCAGAGGCAUCAGGGAGCCAGCAAUUCUCUGAAAUGAAUGAUUGGGACCUGGGUUCUGAGUUUGGAGGACAUGACACUGGUGGGUCAACGAUGGAGCUUGAGGGCCUGCCGCCACCACCCUCAGGCGUCACAGCACCAGCUGCAAAGACCAAGGGAUUGGAUAAUUACAAGCAGGGCCAAUUUGCUGAUGCUAUCAAGUGGCUUUCAUGGGCAGUUGUGCUUUUGGAGAAAUCUGGGGACAAUGAUUCAAUGGCUGAGGUCUUAUCUUGCAGAGCCUCAUGCUACAAAGAAGUUGGCGAAUAUAAGAAGGCUGUGGCUGACUGCUCGAAGGUGUUAGAGAAAGAUACGGCAAAUGUCUUAAUGCUAGUACAACGAGCACUUUUGUACGAGAGUAUGGAAAAAUACAAACUUGGUGCUGAAGAUUUGAGGAUGGUCCUGAAAAUCGACCCUGGUAAUAGGCUUGCAAGAAGUACAAUCCACCGUUUAAAUAAAUUUGCUGAUUAAGAUCAAUUUGGAGUUCUUGCCCUGCGUCUUGUUUUAUUAAAUUAGUUGAAAAUAUAAAUUUGUAAGGUUUUUUAUUGCUUUUCAAUUGGUAAGUUGAUUUGGGGAUAAUUAUAUAUUUGUUGCAUGGAAGUGGUGUCAUUCUCAAUAAUUAAUCUGAAAACUUUACAUGUUUUGCAUGUAUGUUUGAUACUAUUAAA